AUGAUUCACAAACUUCCUAUUGAACUUAAACUACGGUUAUUGGAUUUACAACCAAGAUUAAAAUACACCAAUAGAGAAUUUUAUAUUUUACACAAUGAAUUAUACAAGAUGAAAGUAUUCCAUUUAUUAGGUAAUGUUUCAUUAGAUAAGAUUUUCAAAUUAUUAAAAGUUUUCUCAUCAACUUUAGAGUUUUGGAAUGGUUCUUUAACAAAGCUUUAUAAACCAGAUUUAAAUUGGAUUUUCAUUUAUUCAUUAUUACAAAAUCGUAAAAUUUUCUUUCAAUAUCAAGAUUUUGUUAUCCAAGAAAAUACAAAUCAAAAUUCAACAAGAGUAUUGACUCAAAAAGAUGAUGAAAAUGAAUACAUUCAUAUAGCAAGUGCACAUGCAUUCCAUUAUCAUAAGAUUACUUAUUUACCAAAUGGUAAUUAUAAUUUUCAAAUUGCUUUAAGAAAUAUCAAAAGUUCAAGAGGGUUAGGAACAACUAAAUUUCAAUUGAAUUAUUUAAAUGAAUCUAUAACUGCAUAUCCUCCAAGUAUUAUAAAUGAAAUUUUACCAAAUGAUCAAUUGAGUGUUCUUAAUUUAGGUGAAUUUACCAUUGAUAACCAUGAAAAUGAUUUAACAGAAGUUGAAAUUAUAAUUGAAGAGAUUGGAAUGUUUCCUAAAACUGACAUAAUAUUGGAUUAUUUAGACUUUAGACCAUUACAUAGUGAUUAUUUAUACUAUUCAUUACCAGGAGACCCUUUCAAAACUUAUGAAACUUUUGUUAAUAAAAUUGAGAAAACAUGUCAUUUAGCAAUUGAUGAUAUAUGGGGUAAAGAUGUUCAUGCACAUUUACAGGAAAUGUUUGAAGAAGAAGAAGAAGAGGUGGAUUCUUCACCAGAUUUCCCAUUAACACCACCGUCUGAUAAACUAGAUCAAUUGGUUCAAUAUAAUUAUGUUUUAGAAGAAUCAAACCUUGAAGAUUUGAAAAAUUAUGCUAAAGAUUUCUACACUUCCAGCACAAGACAUGUCAAGAUGUACUUUCCUAGUGAUCAACGACAUUUCAGAGAAGAACACACUGGUCCUUUGCUUGAAUGGAGAGUACCUUUACUCAGAUGA